AUGCGCAGUAAAAACGAAGCUUAUGAUAACCUCGGGUUUAUGAAGGUAUUGCAAUGCAAAUUAUCCCUCCUCUCACCCACCCUCUACCCAGUGACAGGUGUUUGCCGCCCAGGGGAGCUCCUGGCAAUCAUGGGGGCGUCAGGUGCCGGCAAAACGACGCUCCUAAACUGUCUCACCUUCAGGAGCGACGAGGCCCUCAAGAUCAAAGGUAAACUCUAUGUCAACGGGCGCCAGGUGACCCCGAACCUCCUGACGAGCCGUUCCGCCUACGUCCAGCAGGAGGACCUCUUCGUCGGUACCCUGACCGUUAAAGAACAACUCACCUUCCAGGCAUAUCUGAGAAUGGGCAGCGGUGUAUCUGAUCGGGAUCGCAAGGCGAGAGUAGAAGAAGUCAUGAUGGAACUUAAUUUAGUGAAAUGUGCAAACACACUGAUCGGGUACCCGGGCAAACUGAAGGGUAUCUCUGGAGGAGAGACGAAGAGAUUCGGCAUUUUAGCCUGUGAGGUCGUGACUGACCCUCCGCUUAUGUUCUGCGACGAACCGACGACUGGCCUGGACUCCUUCAUGGCCCAGAAUAUCGUGGAAGUGAUGAGGAAUUUGGCCCACAAGGGCAAGACCAUCAUUAGCACCAUCCACCAGCCAAGUUCUGAGGUAUUUGCCCUGUUUGACCGCGUCUUGUUGAUGGCUGAAGGAAGACCUGCAUUUUUGGGUUCGACAGAGACCGCUCUUCAGUUCUUUGCUGGAAUGGGCAGGGUCUGUCCCGACAGCUACAACCCAGCCGACUUCUUCGUCGGCAACUUAGCCAUCGAACCGGAGAAAGAAGAAGAAUGUAGGCAGUUCGUGGAGAAUGUCUGCGACGCCUUUGGGAAGAGCUCCUGGGGCCAGGCAGUUUCCGAAGCGGCUGCAGGCAAUUCUCGAGCCUCGACAAGAAAUGGAGGACUUCAGGAUCUGAACUACCAAGUGCAGGAAGCCAAGUCACCUUACAAAGUGGGCUGGUGGUCCCAGUUCAAGCCUGUACUGAGUCGAGCAAUCACAGAGUACAUCAGGAACAUUAUGGCCGUCAGGGUGAACAUUUUCCAAGCAGUCGUGAUCGGUCUUCUCAUCGGCUUAAUCUACCUCGACCAAGACCUGGACCAGAUGGGCGUCCAGAACAUCAACGGGGCUUUGUACAUCAUGAUCACCCAGACCAGCAUGCGUAGCCUCUUCGGCGUCGUCAAUGCAUUCUGCGACCAGCUGCCGAUCUUCCUGCGGGAACACUUCAACGGGAUGUACCGAACGGACGUCUACUUCUUGGCGAAGAACGUCGCCGAGCUGCCGACGAGCAUCGUCAUACCGACCCUGCUCAUCAGCAUCGCCUACUUCAUGGUCGGGAUGAACCCGCUGGUGGGGAAAUUCUUCACAGCGUUGGCAGUCCUGGUCUUCGUCAGCAACACUGCCACAUCUUUCGGUUUCAUGCUCUCCUGCCUGGCUCCGAACCCCAAAGUCGCCCUGGGUAUGGGCGCCUUCGUGCUCAUUCCUCUCAUGGUCUUCGGAGGCUUCCUCUUGAAUUCAGACACCGUCCCUGUCUACUUCAUCUGGAUCAAAUACAUCUCGUGGUUCAACUACGCGAACGAAGCCUUGAUCGUCAACCAGUGGGAGGGCGUCACCAACAUCACGUGUCCCUCAGGAUCGGCCACCUGCAUGGGCGACGGAGAGGCCGUUAUCGAGUCCCUGGGAUACGAAGAGGGCACCGUUGGAUUCAACAUCGGCAUGCUAUUCGUACUGAUGAUCUCCUUAAGGAUCUUAGCCUUCCUCUUCCUGCUUAGGAAGACAUCAAGGAAAUCCGUCGAGAAUUACGAAUGAAUAAGAAAAAUUAAUACGUGGCUGCUAGACAAAAUUCGUCAAGAGCUACGAAAAAUGGUUGAAGUGGAUCCGUCAAGAAUUCGCGAUAAACAAGAGGAAAUAGUCAGCAAGAUUUGGAGAAAAUACUUGAAAAACCAAGAACCAAAUAAGAGAAAUUCCUAUUUGAAUUAUGGGUAUAUACCAGAAAACAAUUAAUGUCUUCAAAAAAACCGCACGGACUUAUGAUUUGGUAAAAAAUAUUAGACGAAAAUUUUGAGACAAUCUACCAUGAAUGAUGGAAAGAUGAACAGGUGGAAAGCAAUUUUGCAGACUUUAAUAAAAAAAAGAAAAGUCCGUUGAUUUCAGUAAUUCAUCCUCUAAGACUAAAACUCGGAAAAAAGGAUGCUGAUAUAGGUUCUCUUAUUUUGUUAAAGGUAAAAUGAACGUAAAAUUGCGAAAAAAACUUCAACAUUUUAAACUUCUGAACAUAAAGUGAAACUAAGAAAUGAUUAAUAUUGUGAACGCACGUCAGUCCAUUCUCCAGCAUUGUAAUUACCAACACAACAGGAGAAAGUGUGAUUGUCCCUUGUAAUGGAACUAAAACCAGCGCCCAUGAAAAGUCUUUGAUCGCUUUGUUCAGAGCACAAAGAGUGCAAAGGGAUAAACCAGCAUUUAAUAUUCAAACUUAUUUGUUUUAUACACUGCCAUCCUCCACAAACUUACGAAUUUAAAAAAAAUGCACAAAGUAGGUAAAAUAAAGAGGCAUUUUCGAAAGGAUAUGAUCUCCUUAUUAUUAUUAUCAUUAUUAUUGUUUGAUGUUAGCCUUGUGAUUAUCUUUUGUUUGCUUGUAUGGUGUUUUUACGUUGCAUGGAACCAGUGGUUAUUCAGCAACGGGACCAACGGUUUUACGGGACUUCCGAACCACGUCGAGAGUGAACUUCUAUCACCAGAAAUACACAUCUUUUACACCUCAAUGGAAUGCCCGAGGAUCGGACUCGCGGCCACCGGUGAUUAUCUUUUGUUCGUUAACAGUACUAAAAUUUCAAGAGCAACA